AUGCAGCCUUACAGCAAGGAUACCCCCGCCAGGCUGCUCGAGUCCUCUUGUUCCUUGAAGAAGACGCUGCAGUGCAGCUGUUCCUUCCAUGGGACCCCCACGCCCUCCGUGCGGUGGUGGACGGGAGGCGCUCCCGUGGGUAUGAACGGCAUGGACGGUGGCCUCCAGGUGACUUCCACCACGCUGGGCCCCUGGGCCAACAGCACCACCAGCCUGACGGAGCAGCCCCAAGUGGGCACGAGCCUCCGCUGUGAGGGCAGGAACCAAAAGGGAACCCACGCCUUGAGCAUCCUGCUGACGUCAGGGAAGAGUUCUUUGGUUCCCCAGACUUUCAUGAAAGGACGGAUCCAGGGCGUUUUCUACGGAGCCAUCGCGAUGACACUGCUCUUCCUCUGCCUCCUCGCGCUCACAGCAAAGCAUAUCAGAAUGAAGCAGGCAAAGAAAAUUGCAACAAUCAACGCAGAAAAGAACCCUAAAGUCAGAGCACACCAAGAACCCGAGAUGUCUCUGAGGCCUGAGGGACGAGAAAAAUCCAUAGUCACCCCAUCUUCUGAGAGCCGGAUAUUGGAAAAGGAAGAUAAAGUGGAGCUGACAAAGCCUGUGAAAACGACAUUCAUACCUGGAGUCCCCAUCAUCCCUGGAAUUACAAAAGUUCACAGAAUCCUUAGAGACCUCAGGAACCCUGGAGUCUACGACAAACUCGGAGCCCAGAGUCUCCUCAGCUCACAAAGCCCUCUCAAGCCCCACCUACCCCUCUCACUGGUUAUCUGUUGA